ACAGACAAAGAAGGAAGAAGCUUUAAGAAUUAUCUCUUGAACUUCUUCAGCUCGAACCGACUUACACAACUUCUCCCGAUCCUGAAAAGAGACUCAAACUUCAAUAUGAUUUUUAUUUUCAACUCAUCAAAAAAAAAAAAUAAAUAAAUAAAUAAAUACUGUAAUUUGUAGCCUACAGUUCACACGAUACGAAUGAGGGAAAAAAAACGAAAAACAAAACCCGGAACCGAGGAGGAACAAAAAAUGGAGACGAUCCCUGUUUUCCCUGUUGCUGAUGUAGUUGCCUAAAACUUGAAAAGUGAAAGUAAAACGGGCAUUUCGCCAUUUUGAUGGGAGAUUAUUUUUCAUUUUAGAAAAAUAAACGGUAUUUCUAUUCGUCUACAGUGAUUAAGCAGGAAUCUACGAAUGGAGACUUUUUGAUCCAGGGUCACAGGAGGACAUCAGGCUCAUCAGGUCCAUCUGUGCUGCUCCAGGAGGACUGAACCAUGAAUGUUUCAAAUAAACUGAGAGAUGGAGAUUGUGCUCCAGAAUGCAGUUCGAUGCAGAAAGAGAGAUCAGACUCACCACAACCCAGCUGUGUGUCCAUGAAGAGUAACCAGUCGAUGGGACUUCCAGUAACAUUCAAUAAUGAAAGAGUUUCUCCUAAGAUUAGUUCUGUUCAGAAAGAGAGAUCAGACUCACCACAACCCAGCUGUGUGUCCAUGAAGAGUGACCAGUCCAUGGGACUUCCAAUAUCAUUCAAUAAUGAAAGAAUUUAUCCUGAUAUAAGAGUACAGCAGAAGGAGCCAGUAAAUGAACAGCUAUGCAGGACACCAGAACAGAGAAUCAUCUUUACAGAGAACAGCAUUGAAUCUGAACUUGGUGAAGUUCUGGACAAAUUCAAAUCAAAUCUGAUAAAGAAGUUUCAGUGUCUAUAUGAGGGAACAUCAAAACAGGGAAAACCGACUCUCCUGAAUGAGAUCUACACUGAGCUCUACAUCACAGAGAGUGAAUGUGGAGAGAUCAAUAAUGAGCAUGAGGUGAGACAGAUUGAGACACAGUCCAGGAGAGCAGCAACAGAGGACACACCAAUCAAAUGCAGUGACAUCUUUAGACCUUUACCUGGACAAGACAAACCCAUCAGAACUGUGCUGACAAAGGGAGUCGCUGGCAUUGGAAAAACAGUCUCUGUGCAGAAGUUCAUCCUGGACUGGGCUGAAGGGAAAGAGAAUCAGGAUGUUCAUCUCAUAUUUCCACUUCCUUUCAGAGAGCUCAAUUUAAUACGGGACCAUAGCCUCAGCCUUUUAGAUCUGCUUAACUUUUUUUUCGCUGAAACAAAACAUCUGGAUAUUUCCAGCAGUAAAUAUAAAGUGUCAUUCAUCUUUGAUGGUCUGGAUGAGUGUCGUCUGUCUCUGGAUUUUCAGAGCGAUGUGAGAUUGUGUGAUGUAAGCGAUCCAGCCUCAGUAGACGUGCUGCUGACGAACCUCAUUGUGGGGAAUCUGCUUCCCUCUGCUCUCAUCUGGAUCACCUCCAGACCAGCAGCAGCUGAUCUCAUCCCAUCUGAGUGUGUCCAUCGAAUGACAGAGGUACGAGGCUUCAGUGACCCACAGAAGGAGGAAUACUUCAGGAAGAGAAUCAGGGAUCAGAGUCUGGCUGACAGGAUCAUCUCACACCUGAUGUCAUCAAGGAGCCUCUUUAUUAUGUGUCACAUCCCAGUGUUCUGCUGGAUCUCAGCCAUUGUUCUAGAGAAGAUGGUGAGUGAAGCAGAGAGCGGAGAGAUUCCCAAGACUCUCACUCAAAUGUACACACACUUCCUGAUCAUUCAGACCAGCAUCAAACAUGAGAAGGAUUAUGAGAAGACAGUAAAAGAUGAAGACAUGAUUCUCAAACUAGGGAAGCUUGCUUUUCAGCAGCUUAGGAAAGGAAACCUGAUCUUCUAUGAGGAAGACCUGAGAGAGUGUGGCAUUGAUGUGACAGAAGCAUCAGUGUACUCAGGAUUGUGCACUCAGAUCUUCAGAGAGGAGUUUGUGUUGUAUGAGGAGAAAAUGUACUGCUUUGUUCAUUUGAGCAUUCAGGAACAUCUUGCAGCUCUAUAUGUGCAUCUCUCCUUUAUAAAUAAUAACAGAAACAUGUUUGACCAAAACAUUUCACCAACUCAUGAAGCCAAGAGAAAUCAGAUUUCAAUGUCAGACCUGCAUCAGAGAGCUGUGGAUGAGGCGUUAGAUAGUAAAAAUGGACAUUUGGACCUUUUCCUUCGUUUCCUAUUAGGCCUUUCAGUGGAGUCCAAUCAGAAUCUCUUACAAGGUGUAUUAUCACAGACCGGAAGCACCUCUCACAGUAAUGAUGGAACAAUUGCGUUCAUCCAGAUGAGAAUCUGGUGUGAUCCAUCUCCAGAGAAAUCCAUAAAUCUGUUCCACUGUCUGAAUGAACUGGGUGAUCAUUCCCUCAUGGAAGAAAUCCAGCACUAUGUUAAAUCUGGUAAAAUAAAAGAAAUUCAGCUGUCACCUUCACAGUGGUCUGCUUUGGUUUAUGUUUUGCUGACAUCAGAGCAGGAAACUGAUGUGUUUCAACUGAGCAGAUAUACAGGAAAACACAUCACUCCAGAUGAAGCUCUUCUGAAGCUGCUGCCUGUGAUUGAAGAAUCAAGAUCAGCUCAGCUUGAUAAGUAUUUAUCUGAGAAAAGCAUCGCUUCUCUGGCCUCCAUUCUCAGCUCACAGUAUUCAUGCCUGAGAGAACUGGAUCUAUCUGGUAAUACAUUUGGAGACUCAAGUCUGAAGUUGCUCUCUUCUGGGCUGGAGAAUCCUCACUGUAAACUGGAGAUACUGAAGUUGAGGCAUUGUGGUGUCACAGAUGAAGUUUGUGCUGAUCUGGCUUCAGCUCUGAGAUCAAACCCCUCACACCUGAGAGAACUGAAUCUGUCUGGGAAUAAACUAGGAGACAGUGGAGUGAAGCUUUUCUCUGCUGGACUGAAGAAUCCUCACUGUAAACUGGAAAUACUGAGGUUGAAUAAUUGUGAUUUCACAGAUGAAGGUUGUGCUGCUCUGGCUUCAGCUCUGAGAUCAAACCCCUCACACCUGAGAGAACUGGAUCUGUCUGGGAAUUAUCUAGGAGACAGUGGAGUGAAGCUUUUCUCUGCUGGACUGAAGAAUCCUCACUGUAAACUGGAAAUACUGAGGUUGAAGAGUUGUGACAUCACAGGUGAAAGUUGUGCUCCUCUGGCUUUAGCUCUGAGAUCAAACCCCUCACACCUGAGAGAACUGGAUCUGUCUGGGAAUAAUCUAGGAUACAGAGGAUUGAAGCUUUUCUCUAAUGAACUGAAGAAUCCUCAGUGUAAACUGGAAAUACUGAGGUUGAGCCGUUGUGGUGUCACAGGUGAAGGUUGUGCUGCUCUGGUUUCAGCUCUGAGAUCAAACCCCUCACACCUGAGAGAACUGGAUCUGUCUGGGAAUAAUCUAGGAUACAGUGGAGUGAAGCUGCUCUCUGAUGGACUGGAGAAACUUCACUGUACACUGGACAAACUGAAGUUGAGUUAUUGUAGAGUCACAGAUGAAGGUUGUGCUGCUCUGACUUCAGCUCUGAGAUCAAACCCCUCACACCUGAGAGAACUGGAGCUGUCUAGGAAUUAUCUAGGAGACAGAGGAGUGAAGCUUUUCUCUGCUGGACUGGAGAAACCUCAGUGUAAACUGGAAAUACUGAGGUAA